GUUUUAUUAGUCGCCGAUGCAGUUGUAGCAUUAUAUUUUUUAUUUUUUCUUUGAGCGAUUUCCUUAAAAGAUCUAUCGAUCGUCGUGUCGAGCCUGGUUGAAGUCCUUUGAAUAUAUAGAAGCUCCAAUUUAACGUUCCCAAACUGUAUUUAUAAUGGUUGUUUUAAUCGAUUCGUGAAUUUGAUGGUGGAUAUGGCACAAGACAGUAGAGCCGGGGUGAUAACACCAAAUACACUUAGAAUUCUUGAUUUAGGUCGAGACGAACCAGUUUCUCCAACUGCAAGACCGCCACGACAUCCAUCUAAUUCAAAUACAACAUCACCAAGUAGACCUACAACAGGUAGAAGAUCAGCAAAGUUAACAAAAGAAGUAACCAGCUUAGAGAUUCUUCCGCCAGAAAAGGAAGCCAACAAACAGAAUGGCAAGAAACAAGGGAGAAAGACUCCCAUUAGCCGAUCAAGUAGUAUUGACUCAGCUAGGACGGAAAAGGCUGGCAAUGCGGGAUGUGUUAUAGCUUCUCUGAGUAAUAGAUUUUAUGAAGAUAUGCGAUCACCAUCUGGAGAAAUCCAACGAUGCAGUAGUGCUGGUAGUAUAGAUGACAAUUCUAGGCCACCAACCAGACAAGUUAUCCUGCCUACUGUGAAAAGAAACUUUGAACAACAUGGUAUGCCAAGAGAUGAAGCAUUAGCAAUGUCAUUAAUAUCUCCGUCCAGAUCUUCCCAUUACGAAGACAGCAAUGGUAUCAGUGAUUCACUAGAUAAAUCCAUAACAUUACUUAAUGAAGAUUCACAAAUCAGAAAUCCAGAUAAAAGCUGUUCUACAAAAAACACUGUUUGUCCGUCUGGUGAUGGAAAAAAACCAGAAAUUGCUAAGAAAGAAAAUAAAGAUUUAAGGCCAUCAAGUAGAAGUAAAAGUACAAAGAGAGACAAAAUUAAAGAACCAACUGUUGCCACAGCAACCUCAAUAACAACAGAAGUUGAUUCAUACUAUCUUAGUCACAGUGUAGAACCUAAACAUAACCAAGAAAAAAGGCGAGACAAAGAUAAAGAAUUGAAGAAGUCUGGCACCACGCGAGGAGAUUCAUCAUCUGCAGAAAAAAUUAAGAAAAGAGAAAAAUUGAAAGAAAAAUAUAAAUCAAAUACAGAGGAAGUAGAUUCAUACUAUUUAACACAUAGUGAUGAACAUGAGACGAAAGACAGAGUGAAGGAGAAAUACAAGUCAAAUACAGAACAAGUAGACUCUUAUUAUCUUACACAUAGUCAGAAAACCACAACUCAAUCUCAGAAGACUGUAUUGAAUGUAGAAGGUAAAUCAUGUAGAUCAGAGAGCACUGCGGAAAAAGGUGUUGAACUUUCCACAGCUGAUGGUGCUGCUAAGUUAGAAUUAGAAGCAUCUCAAAGUAAGAACCCAGAAUCAUCUGUUACUAUGGAAACUGGAACAAUACAGAAAGUGAAAAAGACUGAACAUAAAGUUGAUGAUUCAGAGGAUAGUGAUGAUGACACCAGUGAAGAUGAAAGUUCUGAUGAGGAGGAAGAAGAAGAGAGAAAAGCACCAUUUGAGCUGCUUGGAGAGUUCAUUGAAUCAGUGAUGGAUGAAGAAUGGGAGACUGCAUUGAAACUAUGUCAGAUGAUUCAGUUGUAUGAACCUGACAACCCUGAGUGCAAAGAGUUCAAGCCAUUAAUAGAAGAAAUGCUAAGAAGAGAGAGAGAAUAUGAAUUGUGGGGCAGUGAUGAUGAAUCAGAUUCAAGUGAAUCAUCCUCAUCGUCAAGCAGUAGUAGCAGCAGUAGCAGUAGUGAGGAAAGUGAUGAAGAAGAAGCAAAAGAAGAUAAAAAAGAUUUAAAAAAUAAAAAGAGUGUGAAGGAUAAAGAGGCUGAUAUGUAUGCAAGACUCAAAACUACAAAUGAAACUGACCCUACUAAUGAGAAAUACUAAGCCAGCCAUUGGCUUGACAUCUUGAAAACAAUAUAUCUUAUGAAUUUUGUUUUCAACAGUUAGUUUAUGAAUCAUGCAAUGACUGACGAUGGUUUGCAGCUAUUCGUCGGACCUAUGAGGGAUUUUUGUGAUUGAUUAGCGAUGUAGCCAACGCUUUCUUUUAGUUUUUGAUCCAGAUAACACAUAUGUCAGGCUGCUAUGAUGUUAUAAAAGCUCCAUCCAAAGACCCAUUAUUUGA